AUGACCGCCCGCUUCAAAUCCCACAGUACCUGUCCUUCCAAAUACAAAACUAAGGAUGGAGAAUGUUCUGUGGUAGACCAUGUAGAAGAUUUGCGCGUUGGGUCUACAGAGGCAAUGAAUCCUUGUUCAGAAGUUCUUUCGGAUAGACCCUCCCGGAAGAAAACCACAUCUUCGAUCUCUGCGAACUCAGGAAACAGGCCACCUGCACCUGCAUUAAUAGGCCAUGAUGUCUCACCAUUCGUUGAGGUUGACAGGCAUACAGGCGUUGGAAAAUGCGACUCUAUCAUGGUAGAUGUCCAUUCUAUACAUGCUACAAAUCCUGGCAAGCCUGAAGGAAAUUUGCCAUCUACCCUGAACGCUCAAGCUACCCCCCUAUCAUCUCACACGGAUCACGACAUUGAUCAAAAUAGGGUCCCAACCCCACCAACAAGCGUUCUACCUAGAGAGCCAUUGCCUAACGCGAUUCACGUCUCAAAAUCAACCCAGUCUCAUGAUUUUCCAAUGGCUAGCGGCCGAAAUUUGAAACGAUUAGAUGACGAGGUGCACCAAAGUUAUGAAGAGCUUCGAACACUGAAGAAGGAGAUAGUCGACCUAAAGGAACACGAGUCAGAACUCCUGCAGAGAAGUCAGCGGGACAGAAAAGAAUGCAAUCAAGCUGUACUAGCCCUCCAAGAGAUGGCCUUCAAGUCAUGGAGAGCGGGGACAUGGCUCCCUGUCGACCAUGAUGCCGUUGCCCUUGAAAUUUUCGCACUCCAGGCAGAAAUGAGCAGAUGGAUACGGAGUGCAACCAGUGACGACUCUCGGCUUGAUGAUUUAUCUGAAUUAUUUCAAGGAGAAUAUCAGGCCAAAGAUGCAUUGAGGGAAGAGCUAUCGAAAGUGAUGGUCUUCAAAAACGAUGUACUCCCUGAGGGACUACCUCAGAGACGGGCUAAAAAAUUCUUGCUCGAAGCGCUUCUUGCUCACCAUCUUUUCACGAAUGUUUUCUCGUCGCCAUUUUCUUUUCUCGGAGAUGAAUCAACGAGCUUGGAGUUUAUUCAUGAGACGGGGAACAUUGCAGAUGCCCAUAGAUGGCGCUCUGAUACACUGAGGCUAUUGUUCCCGGAGGCUUCGGAAGAUGACAAAGCUGAGGCUGUCAGACUCAAGAUACCACCUUUACUUAAUGAUAGAGCAAACAUUCAAGCAGAGAAUUUCUUCAACAGCCCGGCUCGGUGCUUCUUCGUUAAAACCCCAGAACUAACGGCCAGGCUUCAAAAGAUCUACCAGCAGGCCGCUGGUCUAGCCUACCAUCUCUGGACUCGACGAUCAAUGCUCAAAAUAGUCACGCGCAAGGAUUUGAACUCUUUCUUCGACAUCGAUGACAACCAGAUGUCUCUCCACGUUAGCGUGCAAGAAGACAUCGAAAAUAAGCUAACAGGCGAACCUAUCAGUUUGGUAUUGUACCCCGGUGUUGUGGCAUAUGGCUUGGACAACUGUGCAGAAUAUGAAAUUCCACGACCAUGGAUGCCAGCGAAAGUUUGGUUGCACAAGCCUUUGUCAGAAAAGCCGCAAGUACCAGUUGGGGAGGAUUUGGAAAUCAAAGGAUAG